UACGUUAUGCCCGGGUACCAGGACGACGACGGUGGGUGCGGGAGUGGCCUAGGGGCGCGGGACAAGCCCAUGGUGACCAUCACGGCGUCGGCGGCGGCGAGCGUCGCGGCGGCGGCCAAGGCUGUGAUAGCACGACCGGCGUCCCCAGACAAUGUACAGAUCAACGAGGCUGUCAGCAAAGUACUCCAGGGCUACGACUGGACACUGGUCCCCAUAGCUUCCAAGACGUCCUCGGACAAACGCAAGAGUCAUGUGAAACGUCCGAUGAACGCGUUCAUGGUGUGGGCGCAAGCUGCACGGCGCAAACUGGCCGACCACUACCCCCACCUGCACAAUGCGCAACUGAGCAAGACACUGGGCCGCAUGUGGAAGCAACUCAGCGACCACGACAAGAAGCCGUUCCAGGACGAGGCGGAACGACUGCGGCUGAUCCACAAAAAGCAGUACCCGGACUACAAGUACCAGCCGCGGAGGAGGAAGGUGGGCAAGCCGCUGGGCCCGGGCCCCAGCAAACCCUCGGACCUACAUUGUCACCAGCAGCUGAUACCUCGGCCCCUCAUGUACAUGCGACAUGGUGACGACUGCACCAGAACGAUGAAGAGUGAAGAAUGCAGCCUCAGUGCAGACGAGCGAUGCAGCCCCCACAGCCAGGGGCCCCCUACACCCCCUACAACCCCUAACAGAGGACAUCUAGGGGUCCGUCAGGGGCCUCACAUGUCACUGCCACUCUCCUGCUCCCAGUUACCAGGUAUGGACCUCAGCGAGCCCAAUGGUCCCCUGGACAUGGACCUGCCCGCGGUCAACGUGGGGUUGGUUGACGACGCCCCAGUGGACUACCAGGAGCUGGAGCAGUAUCUCCAGUACCAUCCCCAGGGGACGUCCCAUUACCCUGACUACUCAGGGGCGGCCUGUAGUCAGCACUACCACGAGCUACAACCCAGCAAACAGACCUACCAGGCACACCCAGCCCAGUGGAACAACCAGUACCUGCCGUCGUACCAGUACCUUCAACAGAGGCCUUCGGACACUUCGUGGCCAAACUACAACUGACUUCUAAGUUUUCCUCAUUGCUCAUAAACCAAAUUAACAUAAUGUUGUAUAGCAUUUCUGUAAAAAGUCACACACACCUUG